AUGUCAAAAACCACUUCCCUCGCCCUCAUUGCGGCGCUAAGCGCCGGAGGCGGCGCCGCGCUCACGGCGACGAUGUACUCGAUGCGCUCUCAAAAGCAACCGCCCACCGCGACCACCACGACAACGACGACGACCUCUCUCUCGACCGCCCCCUCCGUCCCGGUGCCCGGCACCCAAGUCUUCACCAACCCCAACGCCGCGCCGCUACCUCCCGCCGCACCCUCACCAUUGGGCGGCGGCGGCAUCCCCGUGCCCGGCGGCAGCCCCGUGAACCCGGCAGGCCUCUUCGAAUACGGCUUCCCCGGCCCCGUAGCCGACCUCGCGAACCGUCAAGGCCUCGUCUCAAGCUAUGACCGCCGCACCCGCAACCCGCACUGGGUCGUCGAGCACAUCACACCCGCCUCCCUCGCCCAGCGCGACGGCGACCGCAAGCACAGCACCUUUGUCGAGGACGCCGCCGUGCCCGACAAGUUCCAGGCCAAGCUCAAAGAUUACUUCCGCAGCGGCUACGACCGGGGCCACCAGGUCCCCGCCGCCGACUGCAAGUGGUCCCAAAAGGCCAUGGACGACACAUUUUACCUCACAAACAUGUGCCCGCAGGUCGGCGACGGCUUCAACCGCGACUACUGGGCCCAUUUCGAGGAUUUCUGCCGCCGGCUGACAACGCGGUACCCCUCUGUCCGCAUCGUCACGGGACCCCUCUACCUCCCCAAGCGCGAUCCCGUCGACGGCAAGUGGUACACAAAGUACGAGGUCAUUGGCAACCCGCCCAACGUCGCCGUGCCGACGCACUUUUACAAGGUCAUCUUUGCGGAGGACGGGAAACCCGGCGGCAACGUCGCCAUCGGCGCCUUUGUCAUGCCCAAUGCGCCCAUCCCCAACACGAAGCCCUUAUCCGAGUUCGAGAUGCCCCUCGAAGCCGUCGAGCGCGCCGCGGGUCUCGAGUUCGCGUCCGAGCUUGCGCCGCAGCGCCGCAAGAGGCUCUGCACCGAGGCGUCGUGCGCCAUUGUCGUCAAGGAGUACGCAGACAGGCAGAAGCAGAUUGGAGGCGGCGGCGGCAAGGGCCGUGGCCCGAGUUCUUAG